AUUUUUUAUUUAUUUAUUUUUUAUUCUUACACUACACCAGACAAAUUUGCAUUUGACAAAAAGUAAUUUUUUUUGUCUAUUUUCUCUUUUCUUCCGUCUUAACAUACAUACAUUUAUAUUAUUUUUAACACUUUUUAAAAAGUGCCUGCAUUUCUUUUAUUUUUUGUGUACCCCGGCAAUUUCUUUUUCCUGCUCAGUUUGUUGUGAAUUCGCGAUAAUAACACGGCAACAUCGAGCGGUGUGUGAGAAAAGCUAUAUAUACACACGGGGAGGUCGUAUCAUUGCUGACCGACCACCACCAAGUUCUCUUCAACACCCAUCCAUAUUUCCUUUCUUCCUUUAUAAACUUCAUUCUACCAUACUUGACACACUUAUAAACACACAACUAUUGCAUCUACUGCCAAAACAAUGGCAUCUUCCACAGUCAGAGUGGCUCUGCGGAUUCGACCACUAUCAUCACAGGAGCACUUGAAUGGCGACACAGAGUGCGUCACGCAGCUUCCUGGAGUGCCACAGGUCGUUAUUGGAGCUGAUCGGGCGUUUACCUUUGACUACGUAUUUUCGCCAGAGGUACCGCAGGAGCAGGUCUAUGAUGAGUCAGUCAAGCCGCUGGUGUCGCAGUUUAUUCAAGGUCAGACUGGAAGUGGAAAGACAUUCAGCAUGGGCACGGAGCUGUCACUAAUGACAACAAGUUCGGACAUGCAGGGCGUGGUCCCGCGUGCAAUCAACGAGAUCUGGAACCACCUCGAAAACCGAUCCAACACUAAGGCGGGGUUCACCUACUCCGUCGACAUUUCAUUCCUAGAGCUGCACAACGAGGACCUCGUUGACCUGCUCAACCCGCGUUCAGCCGCCGGCAGUCGCGGACCGACAAUUCGCGAGGACAGCCGCGGCAACAUGGUACUCGUGGGCGUCGAGCGCAAGCCAGCCAGCCACGCCAGCGACAUCCUCGGGUUUUUGCACCAAGGCGCACUGUCCCGCACCACAGCGUCAACCGAUAUGAACCAUACGUCGUCGCGGUCGCACGCUAUUUUCACAAUUUUCUUGCGCCAGCAGGACCGCCGGUCAUCGGCCAUGCUUGUAGGCGGGUGUGCGUCACCGACGAUGAAUGAUCCUGCGGACCUUGAUGGCGGGCCAUCAAUCGUAUCCAAAAUUCAUUUUGUCGAUUUGGCCGGAUCCGAGCGCAUUAAGCGCACAGGUGCAGCCGGAGAUCGGGCCAAGGAAGGCAUAUCGAUCAAUGCCGGUUUGCUUGCACUAGGCAAUGUCAUCUCGGCGCUCGGCAGUAGCAGCAGCAGUCCCAGCAACCAGCAGCAAUCGAAGCGCCCCAUGCAUGUUCCGUACCGCGACAGCAAGCUCACUCGACUUUUGCAGGACUCGCUCGGCGGCAACUCGCAGACUGUAAUGCUCGCAUGUAUCUCGCCCUCAGACCGAAACAACGCCGAGAGCCUUAACACCAUUCGCUAUGCCAACCGUGCACGCAAUAUCCGCAAUAAGGUGGCGGUGAAUUUCGACAAGAACAGCUCAGCAAUCCACGCUCUUGCUCACCGAGACUGGUGGAGAUUCCAGCUCUAUAAGGGCACUUGA